GCUGAUCAAGAGAAGUCUUCAGUGGCUUCUGGACACGGCCCUGAUUUUUAAACUUUUAGGAAAUGCAUUUACCACGGAGGAGGCGGCUACAACGGAACCGAAUCUUUUUCUUGCUUGCCAUAGUGUUGGUCCUCUCUCUCUAUCAGCUCCAGUUCAGCCCCUCUGCCCUUCCAGCACCACACACAGCACCCCCACCCACAGACCCUGGGAAAGUCACCUCCAGGGACCUCUCCAGCAACAAGACUGCCGUAACGGGCAAUGUCACAGCAGCACCCAAAAUAAGGCACUGUGUAUAUGUGGAUCCUGAGCCAACUGUGCCCGUCACUACAUCAGUGGCUACAACACCACAGCGAGAAAACAUCAGUGAAAGCUUCCCUGAUGAAAAGCGACCACACGAGUCCAAAGGAGAAUAUCCCCAGGACCUAUUCAGUGUGGAAGAACGCAGGCAAGGGUGGGUUGUACUUCACAUCUUUGGCAUGAUGUAUGUAUUUGUGGCCUUGGCCAUAGUGUGUGAUGAGUAUUUUGUCCCUGCUUUGGGAGUGAUCACAGAGAAGUUGCAGAUCUCUGAAGAUGUGGCUGGAGCCACCUUCAUGGCAGCAGGUGGAUCAGCACCAGAACUCUUCACCUCCCUCAUAGGUGUCUUCAUCUCACACAGCAAUGUGGGCAUCGGUACCAUUGUGGGCUCAGCGGUGUUUAAUAUCCUCUUUGUCAUUGGCACCUGUGCCCUCUUCUCAAGGGAGAUACUCCACCUGACAUGGUGGCCCUUAUUUAGAGACAUCUCCUUCUACAUUGUAGACUUACUGAUGCUCAUCCUGUUUUUCCUAGACAGUGUCAUUGAUUGGUGGGAAAGCCUCCUUUUACUGACUGCCUAUGCCACAUAUGUAUUCACUAUGAAACAGAACGUGUACCUAGAACAAUGGGUGAAGCAGGAGCUGAACAAGAAGCUACAUGCUGUGCAGGCAGCAUCAGCAGAGCAUAUACGGAAGAAAAGCAGUGGGGCAGUUGCGGAUGAUGGAACAAAGAAGCCAGCAGAUGGGAGGAGGCUGCAGCCAGGAUCAGCCUUGCAGCGAGGCAGCAGUUCAGCCUCCCUACACAACUCUCAAAUGCGGAACACCAUCUUCCAACUCAUGAUCCACACCCUGGACCCCCUGGGAGAAGCAAAAUUUAAAGACAGGGUUGACAUCCUGAGCAACAUCGCUAAGGCCAAAGCGGAGACUCUGGCUGGACAAGGAUCAAAACCAGAGGCAGAAGAGGAAAAGAAGGCACCAAGCAGCGUCCAGGUAACUCCUGCCAGUGACUCUGAACCCAGCAAAGACAAACAGAAGGCAGACGCACCGCAGGAUGGGCAGCCCUCCUCAGACAGCAACACCUCAGAAGACAGCAGCUCUGGGAGUGAGGAAGACAGCGAUGAUGACAGCACAGAUGAUGAAGAAAACGAUGAGCCGUUAUCGCUCGAAUGGCCAGAAACCAGGAAAAAACAAGCCAUUUACCUUUUCCUCUUCCCCAUUGUCUUCCCUCUCUGGAGCACGAUGCCUGACGUUAGAAACCCAGACUCCAAGAAAUUCUUUGUCAUCACGUUUUUCGGCUCCAUCAUCUGGAUUGCUGUAUUCUCUUACCUCAUGGUGUGGUGGGCUCACCAGGUUGGUGAAACAAUUGGGAUCUCAGAGGAAAUUAUGGGGUUAACCAUUCUGGCAGCAGGAACUUCAAUCCCUGACCUCAUCACCAGUGUCAUCGUGGCCCGGAAAGGGUUGGGGGACAUGGCUGUCUCCAGUUCCGUGGGCAGCAACAUCUUCGAUAUCACUGUUGGUUUGCCGGUUCCUUGGUUCCUUUAUUCUGUCUUCAAUGGACUCAGCCCGGUGGCAGUCAGUAGCAACGGUCUGUUUUGUGCAAUUGUUCUCCUUUUCCUCAUGCUCCUGUUUGUGAUUAUCUCGAUCGCUGUAUGUAAAUGGAAAAUGAACAAACUGCUGGGGCUCACGAUGUUUGCUCUUUACUUCGUGUUUUUGAUCAUCAGUGUGAUGUUAGAAGACAAGAUAAUUUCCUGCCCGGUAUCUGUAUGACAUUCGGACACUUCCAGAUGUAUGUA